CAAUUCCACCACCAGCAAUGCAAAACAAGAGCAACUAUCACAGUCACCAUGGCAGGUGAAGUGACGAAAGAAUCCCGAAUAACGGGAUAUUACACGGAACUGAAUAAAUUCAUUGAGAACUCCAACAAUCAGAAGAUCAUCAAGACAGCUAAUAAAAUUUUAGCUGAAAGGCCAGAUGAACUAAAGGCAUGGCAAUGCAAGGUUGUUGCUCAUAUCAUGCAAGAUCAGUUUCAGGAGGCUCUAUCUACAAUAAAGAAAUCUAAAUUCUUAGUAGAAUUAGCCUUUGAGAAAGCGUACUGUGAAUACCGUCUAAAUGAUGUUACUGGUGCAUUUGACACCAUUAGCAAAGCCUCUGAGGACACCCCACAUGUACAGGAAUUAAAAGCCCAAAUCCUUUACCGCCUAGAAAGGUACAAUGACUGCUACACCAUCUAUAGAGACAUCAUACGAACUACCAGCGAUGACUUUGAUCUGGAACGCCAGACUAACAUGACAGCUGUUGCUGUGAAUCGUUCUGUUGAUGGUAGUAAUGAAGAGGAGGUUGUUGAAGUAGAUGACUCUUCAUAUGAAUUAAUGUACAAUGGAUCAUGCCAGUUACUAGCAUUAGGUAGAGUUGAAGAAGCUCUAUCUAAGUUGCAAGCCACAGAAAAUCUCUGUCGCACAUACCUUAUGCAGGAAGAAGGUGCUACUGAAGAUGAAGUAAACGAUGAAGUUGCCAUCAUUAGGGUGCAACAAGGUCACUGCUUACAGGUUCUUGGUCGAGAACGAGAAGCCCUUAAUAUAUACAACAAUGUACUUAAAACUAAACCUGAUGAUCCUGCUCUUCUUGCCAUCAUAAACAAUAAUUUGGUCAGCAUCAACCGAGGAGGCAAUGUCUUUGACUCAAGAAAGCGAAUGAAAACAGCCAUGGCCCCUGGACUUGAGCACAAGUUGACAAGUUAUCAGCAGGCCAGAAUUGGUCUUAAUAACUGUUUGUUAGCUUUUCAUACAAAUCAGGAUGAAGUCUGUCGCACAGAAGCAAAACGCCUGGCUGGUAACUACCCAGCAAUAUCUCUUGAGUGUGAUGUGGUUCUUGCAGCUCUACUAGGUCGAGAAGGAAAGACUUCUGAAGCUCAGGAAUUACUGCAAAAGGCUGCUAAGUCUCACCCUAUUGAAGAAAUUACUAUAUCCCUUAUGGCUACUCAGAUUCUUUUGAAUCAGGGUGACAAAAGUGGAGCUUGUUCAAUGUUAAUGAACCUUGAAGAGAUUAAUCGAUAUAGGCAAGGUAUUGUGUCUGCUUUGGUUGCCCUUUACCUGGCGUCAGGGGACCGUGAAAAGGCAGCAAACAUUCUGCGUCAGGCAGUUGAAUGGCAUAAAAAGAAUAAAACAUCUUCAGUUCAGUUAGCAGAGUUAUGGCGCCAUGCAGCUGAUUUCCACUUACGAGGAGGUGAUGCCCCAACAGCAGCUGCAUCGCUGUUGGAAUUAAGAAAAAUCAACCCAAAAGAUGUUAAUACUCUUGCUCAGUUAAUCACUGCUUAUGCUCAGUAUGAUGUCACUGCUGCUCAGUCAUUAUCCCGUGAAUUGCCUCCUGUCAAUAGUAUUGCACCUGACCUAGAUGUGGAAGCACUAGAAGCCUCUCUUGGUCAGCGCUACUUCAAGAAAUUACAUCAGGGACGUGGAGAAGCUUCGCCUUCUUCUCCUGCAUCUCCAAAGAGUGUUAUGACUCCUGCUGAUGCCAAGAAAACAAAGAGUAAGAAGAAGAAGAGAAAGCCAAGACUCCCUAAGGAUUAUAAUCCUAAUAUAACACCUGAUCCUGAGCGCUGGCUGCCUAAGUGGCAGCGGAAAGGUUACCGCAAAAAGAAGGACCGUCGUAUCAAGGAAGUCAUGAAGGGCACACAGGGGGUCUCAAGUGAAGCUGCAGAUAAGUUUGAUAUCACAAAGACAGCUGGCACUCACAAAACAUCACAAGCAACACCAAGUCCUCAACCUGAAUCUGCCGGUAUCCGUAGAAACAUGAAAAAGAAGAGUGGAGGUAAAAGCAAGAAGAAAGGUGGAUGGUAGUACUGUAUUGUAUGCUCUGUUUAUCUGUGAGCCUUUUUUUACACCUCUGUUUUCUUUAGCUAGUAAAGUUUCAUUCUGUUUUCCAACAUUUAUAUGUACUGUAGUUCUUUAUCUGGACAUCUUAAAUUAAUGUGUAUAUAAUGCAUUUUGGUUGUUUAACUGUUAGAGAUAAAUAUGAAUUGAUCUUAAUCUUUCAUUCAGAUCCCAUGUUAAGAUUUUGAAUUAUUGCAAAUAUUAACUGCUUUUGGACAAGAAGACCUUUAUUGGACCCCUUUAUGAAAAUAAUAAUACCCCCAAAAUAUAAACAAGCAUUUUGAUGCAUUUCAUUUCAUGUUGCUCUUGUUUAAAUGAUUGGCACUACUAUACAAGUCAGAAAUGUUUAACAUUAUUAUAAAUGUACUGCUAUAUUUUGAUUUGUUACCUUGUAUUUAAGCAUCAUUUCUCUUCAUAGGUUUAUGUUUUUCAGUUUUUCCUGAGAGUUGAAGCAUGCAUUUCAUAUAAUACAAUUUUAUUUAGUACAGUAGGUCAUCAAGUUGUUAACAAUUGGAUCAUUCAGAUUUAUGAUUUUUUAAGAGAUGUAUUUGUCAAGGCCUUUAGUUCUUUUGAGUUAUGCUGCACAUUAUUUGAUACUUGAUAGAGAGUGGUAUUUAAUCAUUUUCAUAACAGUGAACAUCCAGAACUAGUUAUAUGAACUAUAACUGUGGUAAUUCAAGUUACCCUAGUUUUUAAUUUGUUCAUGAAUAACUUAUUUGUAAAUUUUUUUACUCUGUUCUGCAUUUUAAAAUUUUUAAAAGCAUUUUACAUCACUGCAUAUAAUUUGAACUGAGGCUUACAUAAGUGAUACCAUUGGAUUUUCCAUGAUGUAAAUUCAGAUAACUGAAAUGAGUAAAUAGAAUAUUGUUA